AUUUUAUCCCUUUCACCUUACUCCUCUUGUGAAUAUUGCACCAACUCCACUCUACAGUCGCACAAUCUAUUCUGAUACAUCUUGUUAAGUUGCAUAUAUUAGUAGCUCUUGGUUUUGUCUCAGGAUCAUGGGAGACUCUUCUGCUUCAUACAUACACAUGGUGCAACACCUUAUCGAGAAGUGCCUGAUCUUUCACAUGACAAAAGAAGAGUGCAUGGAAGCCCUCUCCAAACAUGCAAAUAUCACACCUGUGAUCACCUCCACAGUAUGGAAUGAGCUAGAGAAAGAAAACAAGGAAUUCUUUGAGGCGUAUAUUGAAUCCAAAAGGAAAGAUGACAGAAUGUCUGAGGAGGAAACAAGUCAAAUGAUCCAGAAGAUGAUCUCAGAAUCCUCUAAAGAUUCUGAUGAUCAACAAACAUCACAAUGAUUCUGCGUGAAAACGAUCCCAUCUCUUUUCUCUCCUUUGUGCUUCCCUCCUAGAAAUCCAAUCCGUCCAAAAUCACAAGGGGAAACUGAAUUUCGUGUCUAGACAUGUGGUAUAUAUACAUGUGGUCCCUAAAUAUAUAUGCAUAUAUGAAACUAUAAUACGGAAGAGCACGGCAUUCUAUAUGCAUUAUUCAUGGUCCCCUCUCUUCAAAUAAAAAUCCUACGUAACCAAUCGUACUACGCCACAUCAAUGCAUUAGCAACAUUUCAUGCAUCUGUUGUAAACUUUAAUGAAUUAUGAAACUCUUGUUUGGUCGUA